CCGAAAGCACUACUUUUAGUUGCCUGAAUAUAAUUACAAAAUGUUCAUGAAUAUGGUACAUUGCAAUGUAUGUGCAGAAGUAGCAAAGAGGAACCAGAAAGAGCGGUUUUGGGCAAAGUAUAUGUUGUAUGCAGAUUAUCUUUGAAGAAAAAAAUUAUUACCUGCAUAGAAGGGAAAUCUCAUAGAAAGAGAGAGCAAUGAGAGCGGGCAGGUUGUAGCCGUCAGACUGACCCACAGAUAGAGACACUGACAAAGGAGAAAGGAAGUGUUCAUACCUUAAACUAAUCAAAGAUGCAGCUAACAACCUUUAAUAAAAAACAACAACCGUUUUCCGCCAAUUACUGGCCCAGUGAUAACAGCAGUGAUCAACUCAGAAAAUGUCCUCCCUCCGCCUAACUUGCCAUGGGUCACUGGAUUCCUGGUUCCCACAACUCCUCUCCUUCCUCUUCCAGACAGUGCUGGCUAUAUCCUAAUCUCUUCUAUACACAAAUCAAGCCCUGGCUCUACCUGACCCUCAUGCUCUUGGGUUCUCUUGGCAAUAGCCUGACACUGCGUGACCUCUGGAGAUCGGAGUGGACCCCCACCCUCAUCUUGAACUUUAACACAGUAACCUCUGACCUACUGCUGUGCCUCAGCUUCCUAUUCCGCAUGAUGUACUACCUGAAUUGUCAGGUGUGGUCUGGGGAGGAUCUGGUGUGUAAGAUUACUGUGGAAACCAUGCUAACAGUGUUCUACAUCAACCUCUACUGUAACAUGCUGAUGCUUCUCUGGACCAGUGUGACGCGCUACGCCACAGUGGUCCGGCCCCACCCUGCCUUUCUCACGCCCCUCACCACGACUACAGGCUGCUGGGUACUCUGCCUCACCACCUGGGUAACCGUGGCAACGGUGGUGUGUGCCAGCCUGUUACAUACAAUCGGAGAAGAGGAAAUACAAGGAGGGAGCUGCUUUGACAUGCUGGAGAAUGGAAACAGACAAGGGUUCAACAAUCCACACUGCCUGGGCGUGGUGGUGUUCUUCAUAGCUCUCGCCUUAAUUCUGGUCAGCUAUGGGGGACUCGUUCUGCAUCUGCAGAAGGUCAGGGGAGCCAGACACAUCCACACCAGGGAACGAAGGGCGAGAGUGGCGAUAACAGAGGGGGUGAGGACUGUGAGUGCUGAUGUUAAAGAGGGCUUUGGGGUGAACUUGGAGGAGAGGAAGAACAGACGUGUAGGGUCAAAGGUCGGCAGCCUGAAGGUCCGUAGGAAGAUCCUGGCUACGGUUGUGGUGUUCAUGGUUUGCUUUCUGCCCUACCACAUCCAGCUCGCAGUGACCCUACUCACACCACAAGGAAGCGACUGUGACAAAGUGAGAACUCUCUGGGAGGUGAAUAACGCAACUAUAGCAAUAGCAUCACUGAGCUGUAUUUUAAAUCCCUUACUCUAUCUGGCCCUGCGUCGCCUGUCCUGCUGCCAGGGAAGACAAUAACAGAGUCAUGCUCAGACAGACGGAUAUACACAUUUCCUUCCUCAUGGUCCUUUCUUGCAUCCCCACCCAGAUCUCCCCUUCCUUCCUCCUGGUCAGCGCUCUCCUCCCAGCCCCAUCAUGAAUGUAGAUUAGACAGCCUUGUUCUGUUUGUGUGGUCACAGGGGAUUUUUAACGUAACUUUAUUUUCUAUUAAAUAUUUCU